AUGACCACAUCACGACGGCCGUCGCCGCUGAUGGUGCUCCUCGGAGCCCUCUUCUUCUUUUCAGCCAAUGUCUUCGCCGCUGGCGCAGUGCUCGGCGUUGACCUUGGCACCGAAUACAUCAAGGCCGCGCUGGUGAAGCCCGGCAUCCCACUCGAAAUCGUCCUCACAAAAGACUCGCGGCGCAAGGAGACGUCGGCCGUCGCAUUCAAGCCCUCCAACUCGGCCCCCAAAGAUGGCCAGUUCCCUGAACGACUCUAUGGCGCCGAUGCCAUGGCCAUCGCCGCCCGGUUCCCCGGCGAGGUCUACCCGAACCUCAAGACCCUCCUCGGCCUCCCCGUCGACGAUGCCACUGUCAAGGAAUAUGCUGCAAGGCACCCUGCGCUGCAGCUCCAGGCGCACAGCCGGGGCUCAGCCGCUUUCAAGAGCAACACAUUGACUGCCAAGGAGGAUGCCUGGCUCGUCGAGGAGCUGCUGGCCAUGGAGCUGCAGAGUGUGCAAAAGAACGCCGAGAACGCGGCCGGAGACGGCUCGUCGGUUCGAUCCAUCGUUCUGACUGUCCCGACCUUCUACACUACCGAGGAGAAGCGGGCCGUCCAGACUGCGGCGGAGCUCGCCGGACUCAAGGUGCUGAGCCUUGUCAGUGACGGCCUCGCCGUCGGUCUCAACUACGCGACGAGCCGGCAGUUCCCCAACAUCAACGAGGGCGCCAAGCCCGAGUACCACAUGGUCUUUGACAUGGGCGCUGGGUCCACGAGCGCCACCGUCAUGCGGUUCCAGAGCCGCAAUGUCAAGGAUAUUGGCAAGUUCAACAAGACGGUUCAGGAAGUGCAGGUGCUCGGCAGUGGCUGGGACCGCACCCUCGGCGGCGACUCUCUCAACUACCUCAUCAUGGAUGACAUGAUUGAGAAGUUUGUUGAGUCCAAGGCAGCCCAGAAGGCGUCCGUUACGGCCGCCGCGGUCAAGUCUCAUGGUAGGGCGAUGGCCAAGCUUGCCAAGGAGGCAGAGCGCGUACGGCAAGUCCUCAGCGCCAACCAGAACACGCACGCAAGCUUCGAGGGCCUUUACGACGACGUCGACUUCAAGUACAAGCUUACCAGAGCCGACUUCGAGGCCAUGGCUGAGGGCUAUGGCGAUCGUAUCGCAGCAGCCAUCAGCGACGCCAUCAAGAUGUCGGGGAUCGAGAUUGCCGACUUGACGUCGGUCAUUCUCCAUGGUGGCGCCACGCGGACUCCUUUCGUCCAGAAAGCGCUUGAGAAGAUUGUCAACUCGGCGGAGAAGCUCCGGUCCAAUGUAAACGCCGACGAGGCAGCCGUCUUUGGUGCCGGCUUCCGCGCCGCCGAAUUGAGCCCCAGCUUCCGCGUCAAGGAGAUCAGGAUCACUGAAGGUCCCAUGUAUCCCGCCGGCCUAAAGUGGACGGCAAGCAGCGGCAAGGCGCAGCGUCAGCGGCUGUGGACCGCGUCGUCACCCAUGGGUGGUCCGGCCAAGGAAAUGACCUUCACCGAGAAGAACGACUUUGCCAUUACAUUCUUUCAGCAGGUCGGCGAUGAAGACCGCGAGACCAAAUCCAUGACGACCAAGAAUCUGACGGCAACAAUUGCUGCCAUGAAGGAGAAGUACCCGACCUGCGACGAGACAGAAAUCGCGUUCAAGGUCGGCGUCAAGCUGAGCCCAGAGAACGGUGAAGUCCAGAUCGUCAAGGCUGCUGUGGAAUGCGAAGCCGAAGUGUCGGAGAAGGACGGCUUCGUCGGCGGCGUGAAGAAUCUCUUUGGUUUUGGCAAGAAGGACCAGAAACCCCUGAAGGAUGAAGGCAACAAGUCUUCGGAGGGGUCCGAAGAGACCUUCAAGGAGAAGGCCGAGUCGUCUGCCGCUUCGUCUGCGGCAGAGACUAGCGAGACUCCCGCGGCAUCUGGAACGGAGACCAAGGCCAACGAGCCUAGUGAAGAGGCGAAGCCCGAAGUCAAGAAGAAGGAGAUUGUCUCCAUCACCGUCGAUUUCGUCCUCGAAAAGGCCGGCGUGCCCACCCUCACCAAGGCAGAGCUUACCAAGGCCAAGGAUAGGCUCAAGUCGUUCGCGGCAUCUGACAAGGCUAGGGUGCAGAGAGAGGAAGCCCUGAACCAGCUGGAAGGAUACACCUACAAAGUCCGAGACCUCCUCGAAAGCGAGUCCUUCAUCUCCAUGUCGACAGAGGACGAGCGAACAAAGCUCGCGGAAAAGGCCAGCGCGACCAGCGAUUGGCUGUACGAAGACGGCACCGAGGCCACCAAGGAGGUCCUCAAGGAGAAGCUCAAGGCGCUCCAAGACAUCGUGGAGCCCAUUCAAACCAGAAUCGAUGAGGCUGCCAAGCGACCAGAGCUAGUCUCAUCCCUGAAGAGCGCCUUGAACCAGACCACUCACUGGCUCAGCGACAUCCGCAAGCAGAUCUCGGAUUACGAAGAGAAGAUUGCGUCCGCCUCGGCCGCCAGCUCGUCCACCACGUCUAGCGCCCCGGCCGAAUCGGCCUCGGGCGACUUUGAUGGCCUGGAAGACGAUGACGCCAAGGCCAAGAAGGGCGACAAGGCGGAGGACACCAAGGAGACGGGCCCCGAAGCACCCCUGUACAAGACGGAGGACCUCAAGGACAUCGACGCCCUCUGCAAGUCGACUGCGGACUGGCUCAGCGACAUGGAGGCCAAGCAAGACGCAUUGCCGGCGACGGCGAACCCCGUGCUUGUGUCAAAGGACAUCCUGGACAAGCGCCAGAAGCUUGAUAAGGCAGGCAUGGAUCUCGCGAUGAAGGCCAUGAGGAGCAGCUUUGGCAGCAAGGGCAAGAAGGCCAAGGGAAGCAAGAGCACGGGCGGCAAGAAGAAGAGCAAGACGAAGAGCGCCGACGAGCCGAACAACACAAUCAAGUUUGGCGACGGGAGCGGGAAGCUGACGGAGGAGCAGCUGCAGGAGAUGAUGGACAAGAUCAAGAAGAUGGAGGAGGCCAAGGAGAAGGAGGCCAAGACGGAAAAGAAGGGCGAGGCGAAGCCGGAGCAUGACGAAUUGUAA